UCCUCGCGGAGUCAAAAACAGGUAGGCGUCUCUUUGCUUCAAAAAAACAAAAUUCCACCGUCGUCGCCGCCGAUUUCUCUACCAAAUCCCGGCACCUAUUUUUCUGCGGAUCCAAGCUUCAACACCUUCUUCUUCCUUCAGCCCUAGAUCUCCGUUUAUUACAGAGAAAGAUGGCGUACGUGGACCAUGCGUUUUCGAUAACAGACGAAGACAUUAUGAUGGAUUCUCCCUUCACCGUCAACAAUCGGCCUCCUAUCAAGGAGAUCGCUCUUGCUGUUUCUCUUCUCUUUUUUGGAAUGAUUGGAAUCAUCGUUGGUAUCUUCAUGGCCAGUAAUCGAGUCGGUGGUGAUCGUGCUCACGGGGUGUUCUUCUCGUUGUUGGGAGCUCUCUUGUUUAUUCCGGGUUUCUAUUACACGCGGAUUGCUUACUAUGCGUACAAGGGUUACAAGGGUUUCUCCUUCUCCAACAUACCGCCUGUCUAAAUCCUCCAAGUCCAACCACUUCUCUACACUUGUACAUAUUUUCUUCUCCAGAUUUCUUCACUCUCUACGCUGUUCCCCCCUCCCGCUUCUCCUUUUGACUACAACUAACACUAUCUGUUUACUAUCGAUGGAGUGUGAAGGAUUGUAUGUGAAUUUGAGUUGUGCAUUAUCGACAUAGUUAUUCUUCUUUAAGCUUUACUUCCUAGUCGUCGUUCCUACAGGCGUUUCAAUAUACAUGGCGAAUUUCGGAGUAUAAUCGAGUCUUUUAUCUAUAUAA